AUGGCCGCAAAGUUACCAAGCGAAACUUUACAACAUAUUUUUAAUUAUAUCAAUGAUACCAAAACCUUAUAUUCAAUCAUUCAAGUAAAUCAUGAUUGGUGUCAGAAUGGAAUUAAAUUUUUAUGGAAAGAGCCAUUUCGGAAUGAUAUUAAAUUGAAGAAUCAUAUAAUGAUCCUUCCUAUUUUACUCGCUUUUGUAAAUUAUGAAAAAGUUUUGAAAACGCUUGAAAACAAUAAUGAACCAUUAUUGGAAGAAAAGGAAGAUUUUCAAUCAUUAUCAGAACCUCUCUUAUUUAAUUAUCCCUAUUUGAUCACUCAUUUGGAUUUUCAUCAUUUAAGUAGGAUUAUUUUAAUAUUUUUUAAAAAAAGCCAAUACUUUAAGAGUUCAAAUAAACAACAAGAACGAGAAGGAUCUCAAAUAACAAAUCCAAAUAAUAAAGCGAUUAAAGAUUCAAAAUUGGUCUUUAACAUUGAAUGUUGUCUAUCAAUGGUUUUAAAUAUUCCUGCGUCAAGACAAUCUCUUGAAAAUUUAAAAUAUUUGGAAAUUGGAUCGAAUUUUUUAAAGCUGUCCAUUUUAGAAAAUUUAUCAAAAUCAUGCAAACAAUUGAAAACGAUUCAAAUUCGAGAAGAAAAUUUUCACGUUAUUCGGCAAUCAUUUGUAUCACUAAUUUGUAAUCAGAAUCGUCUCGAAAAUUUAAUAAUUUUCGGAAAUGGAGUUGGAAAUUCACCCGAAGGUUAUAAUUAUGAUGCGACUAUUUCCGAAAUCUUCUCAACACUGAAAACGGUUGCUCACUCGCUUAAAAAGCUUGAGAUCUCUGAUGUAUUUGUGAGAGAUAAAGAAGCAUUAAAAGGUUUAAUUCAAUGUACAAAUCUAUCAACUUUGCACUUUGAAAAUUCAUUUAUUUCACCCGGGAAUUUUCAAUGGAUCGCACUUGCGGAACUACCAAGAUUACAAUGUUUAAAAUUGAUCAGGAAUUGGAGCAGUGAUGAAGAAACAACAGAUAGUCAACACAAUCCAAUGGAAGAAAUAUUCCUAAAUAAAAGGAAAUCAUCUGAUUUAAAAGAACUUUCCCUAAAGAAUUUUAAAAUGGAAAAUUUCAAACUUUUAGAACCUGUUAGUUCCAAUUGUAGAAAUCUUGUAAGCCUUUCCGUACUUGUCAAAACAAACGAAGAUAUCUCAAAUAUUUCCUCACUUUUAAAAAAUUUAUCAACCUUGGAAAAACUUGAAUUAUCAACUUCUGGUCCAUUUACAUAUGAUAUCAACACAGAAACCAUCAUUGAUAUGGCAAAGAUUUUACCCAAACAACUUUAUUACGUCAACCUUAUAAAGAUUAUCGAUAGGUUAGAUGAUUUCGAGGAUUUUCUAGAGAAUUGUGCGGCGGAUUUAAAAUAUUUGUACAUUGAAUUUUCAAUUUACUACUUUUUCAAAGUUGAUAGACACAUAGAAUUUGUUAAAAAUUGGUCGCAGAAAAAUGGAAAGGAGACAAGAUUAUUAAAUAUUACAUGGUAUCACGUUAACCUUGAAUGGUGCUGA